UUCGUGUGGCGCUUUGGCGCUUUACAAUCUCUGGGAACGGACAGGCGUUGAAACCAAAUUAUUCGCACAUCAUGUCGUGUGCAAUUGAAGUGUGUAUCUUUAUUCUGCUACCUUAUCUUCUAGUUGCUGCUUCUCCAUCCGUUAUCAUGUGCACUGUCUUCAAUGACAAUGGCCUACUACGUGCGUGUAUGAAGAGAUUGAACGUAAAGGAUAGCAAGUCUGCGUGUUUGCUAGAACGAGAGCUGCGAGAAUGCAUGGAGAACAAGCCCACAAACUCUACAAAUGAACCGGUAUUCGUAAAUGAUGAGAAGGGGUUGGUGGUCGUUCUCGACGGCGAGGAUGCAGUUCUGCCCUGUAGGGUAACCGGUGAUCUCAAAGGUUUGGAAGUGACAUGGCUAAAAGAAGACCCUGUACAAUCACUCUCCAACACUCGCAAUCCCCGCUUUGAUGUCAGACGAAAAGGAAACACAACCUUUGACCUGUUUAUUGCUUCCGUUGGAUUAACUGAUGAGGGUGUAUACAUCUGCCAGAUAAAUACGAGAACCCCAACAUCUCGACAGAUCGAGUUACGUAUAGGACGGCCGUCAUUUAUCCAGGCCAUCAACUACGGAGAAUGCGCCAUUGACCUCCAGGUCCAAACUCCUACCAUCACCGUCAACGAAUCAAAUUCGUUCUAUGUCGAUUGCAUCAUUACUGGAUUUCCACCGCCGCUCUUACAAUGGAUCUCAUUGGUCAACGAUAUCGAGUCGGCGAUGAAUAUGCAGUAUGUUAACGUAAAUGGAGGAAUCCGAUUGGUUGUUGAUAAUGUAUCACGUGAUCUCGGAGGUGACUACGUUUGCAGAGCGAGUAAUUCAUACGGCGAAGCGGAGAAAAGCAUUAGGUUGAUUGUGCAAUAUAAGCCCAGUAUAUCUUCCCUCCCAUCUGUCAUCUAUGCUGGACUGAACAGUUACAUCAAAAUCGACUGUGAUGCCGACGGUUCCCCUCCAGCGAGAUACAGAUGGAUUCAAAAUAAAGAAGAUGAAGAAAGGUUUCUUACAUCACAAAGAUCCCUCGUAUUCGUCAAACUAGAAGAACCUGAUUAUGGCAUUUAUAAGUGUUAUGCUUCCAAUCUUCUCGGGACCGCGUCGGUAAAACUAGAAAUCAGCGGGAAGCCUAUGAGACCGACAAUCCUCAGCUCAGUGACCGGGCUACGUCGCCAUGCAUACGAGCUUGUAUGGUCUCCAAAUAUCGUCACAACAUACGGCACAUAUCUGAGCAUCGACGAAUUUAUUGUGUCCUAUCGCCCUCUGCAUAGGCCGAAUACCGACGUCAUCUUCGGAAACCAAACCCAUUCUCAAUGGUACCAAGGGGUGGUUCCAGUCUCUUCUGGUUCUGAAGACAUAUCACACGUCCUUCGAGAUCUCUACGCAGGGACAACCUACGAGCUUGUCCUGUUUGGAAGGAAUUCGUUAGGCAACGGAGAGGGCGCUAGACUUGUUUUCAACACAUCUCUAUCGGACGCAUCAACCGAUGAGGAUUCUACUACUGACAAGAGAAAGGGCGAAGAACAUGUGAAUUCUGAGAUCCCGACUGCCAUCGCUUUGUCAUCGCAUUCCUGUCAUCAAGGAUAUGGUUCACCAAUCCUCACAUACUGUCUUGUUGCCAUCAUCGUCACCAUGUUCCAUGGAGCGUGGCUCUGUGGUUAGAUCUCUGGUGCUGGAAGAUGUAUACAAGGUUCAAGACGAAUUUGUUACCAUGGGAACUGCGCUUUCUGGCCAAUCAAAAUCAAGAGGUUGUUGGAUCUGACGUGGCAGAUGACAGAUGUUGAUGAAAUGGCCCCAGGUUUGAGCUUUGAUUGUUUAUCCACAACAUAUUUUUGACAUUUCUGACUGGAAUUUAGCUUCUAAAAUCCUUUGGUUUACAGCAGUAAUAUACAAAGUAAACAAACUAUUCUCCAAAUGAUGUAUGAAAUUCCAAAUCAAUAAUUUUGAAGUGUCUCGAUAAAAGGAAUUCCAUGCACCUGUAAAAUUCUUCAAUAUAAAAUGCAAAAUUAACUUAAUGCAGAAUUGAUAGUCGCCAUAUUUGUCUUUCCUACCAGAACGCAACCUCCAAACGUACACUCCUAAUACUAUGACACUAUAAAAAUCGUGACUCACCCUUUUGUUAGAAUAUUCCAUUUAACCAUAAGUUGCCAUGUCGAACUUCACAAAAACAUAUUGCUGAUGCUAGUUAUUGUUACAAAAAUGGUAAACUCAAAUAAAACCACAAAACAAUAAUUUUUUUUCUCCAUAACUGUCGGCUCUCCACACUUGACACAACUUUGCCAACAUCAAUCUCUAAUUAUCUUGCAUUUGAUAGCAAAUCAGAAAAAAAAAUUAUUAUUGGGAACGCAAAGAGAUGUUAGCUGACUAUAUAGUAUGUUCUAUAUAAGGAUAUAUUAUCCUGAUUAUUAUUAGUGGCAAACCUGGGCAUGGGAGCACAAAUAUGAAAGAGCACUCCUGAUUGGUUCCUGCUCUGUAUUUUGAAUAAACUAUGCAUGCAACAAUGAUCCUGACUGGACAGCUAGAGAUUGAAUGCAAAGAUUAGUGUAAUGGCUAGAGUCCAGGCCCGUCUUAUGAAGAGUUACAAUUGAUUUGAUCAACCACAACUAUGGAAAGCCAGCAACGUCAACAUCUAAAUUGCAUGUUUUGUUCAUUCAUUGUUUUCUUUAAAAUUCGGUAUGCUUCUCUUUGUUAACAAAGGACACUGUUAAAAUUUUGUGUAGAAAAUACUGACAUUGAUUGAUUUCCAUACAGUUGAGGUUGAUCGGAUCAAUCAUAUCAAUCAUAACUCUAUGGAAAUCCAUCGGUGUCACAAUUUUUUUCUACAGCAAAUUUGCAUACGUCCUUUGUAAACAAAAACGAACACACCAAAAAUUGUCAAAAAAAAAAAAAAAUCUCAAUUUUUGUUUGAACAAACAUGCAUUUUAGAUGUGGGCGUUGCUGGCUUUCCAUAGUUGAGGUUGAUUGGAUCAAUCGCAAAUCUUUGUAAGACAGGGGCCCAGGAGUCGUAUUCUUGAUAUAAAUGUAUUAUGCACAAAAGGUUUAUGAAGAAAUAUCUAUCAAUUUGAAGUGUAUGACUUUUACUUAGGCUAUGAUAAUUAUCAUAAAUAUCAAAUUUUUCUGUGCUUGUAUUGCUCUAUACACGCUUAUAUGCUAGUUUGUCAUCUGUACGAUGUUAUAUAUCUAAAGUAGUUUUAUUGCAUUGGUGACAUCAAGCUCAUAAAAUAAAAGUAAAUAUAUUAUUUUCUACAGAUUAAACAAAAGGAAAGUAAAAAUCUGUUCAGAUAUGACAUAAUUCAAUACUGAAUUACUUACAAAAUUUCCCCUCUUUUUACCUUAUUUAAUCAAUAUAUAUCUUAUUUAUAAAUACAAAAUUAAAAAUAUCUUUUGUCUUGUCCCAAAUUACAUAAGGGAAUUUUUUUAGAUGCAAUCAGUUGACCCUUCAAUAAAAAUCUUAACUUUUCUUAUAUUUUUUUUAUUUACAGCUGGUAUCAUUUGCAUCUACACUUUAGCAUUGAAUAUAAAUUGAUAAUUAUCAGUUUGUAAAAAAAACCAUAACAAAUGCCACUGACCAAUCAAAUAAGAGUUACUAAAGAGUUAUCUUCAUCAACAUGUUGAGCGCCUUGAGCACCUAGCAAGGUGGAUACUUGCGCUAUACAAAUCCCAUUAUUAUUAUAAACUUAAACAUAUAUGUAAUGUCAAUACUGAAACAAGUGGAAUCACUGAAUAACUAUAUACCCCUGAAUCUAAACAAUAGAAAUUCACAUUUGAAAAUAAAUGCUUAAGACUUUAAUUCUGAUCUGUUGAUUUUGAUUUUAAAAUUAGAAUAUGAAAAUAUUUCUAUAUCAAGCACAUUUAGAUUUACUAGUGAAUCAUUCUUUAUCUCUGCUCUGUAAUGUUUAUCAACGAGAUAUGUAAACCCACUUCAAAAUCACAUUCUUCGUUCCUUCAACUCGACAUUUUCCCUUGGAAAAAUACAAGCCUUGCAAACAAACUAAACCUUUCUUGACCACUUUGGUAAUGGUCAAAUUAUAUCAAAGCAAAUUGUCAAACUCUUGUGCUGUUCAGCAGGAACCCAAUAUACAGGCAUCAUGCGUCUUUCAUAGCGGCUUCCCGUGUUCCCCGUUAUUUGUCUAUGAUAAGUGUGGGAUUGGUAACGAGAAGCCGCUUGUAGGAUUCCUGCGGAAAACACGCUGCUCUGACAAAGUGCCCAAUUCUAAAUAAACCAUGGCAACUGAAACAUAUAAUAUGCAAAUAAA